CAGAAACUAGGAAAAGCAGAUGAAACAAAAGAUGAACAGUUUGAAGAAUACGUUCAAAAUUUCAAGCGGCAAGAGGCAGAGGGUUCGAGGCUCCAGAGAGAACUGAGAGGAUAUUUAGCAGCCAUCAAAGGGAUGCAAGAUGCCUCAAAGAAGCUUACAGAGUCUCUUCACGAAGUAUAUGAGCCAGACUGGUAUGGACGAGAAGAUGUGAAAAUGAUUGGAGAGAAAUGUGAUGAACUUUGGGAAGAUUUCCAUCAAAAACUGGUGGAUGGGUCGUUGUUGACCUUGGAUACAUAUCUAGGACAAUUUCCUGAUAUCAAAACUCGCAUUGCAAAACGAAGCAGGAAGCUGGUGGACUACGACAGUGCAAGGCAUCAUCUAGAAGCCCUGCAGAGCUCAAAAAGAAAAGAUGAAGGCAGAAUUACCAAGGCAGAAGAAGAGUUUCAGAAAGCACAGAAAGUGUUUGAAGAGUUUAAUACUGAUUUACAAGAAGAGCUGCCAUCUCUGUGGUCACGACGAGUUGGCUUCUAUGUGAACACCUUCAAAAAUGUAUCCAGCCUCGAAGCCAAGUUUCACAAGGAAAUAGCUUUACUAUGUCACAAACUGUAUGAAGUGAUGACCAAGCUGGGAGAUCAGCACGCAGACAAGGCUUUCACCAUUCAAGGGGCACCAAGUGAUUCAGGUCCACUCCGCAUUGCAAAAACGCCGUCCCCACCCGAGGAGGUCUCUCCCCUGCCCAGCCCCUCUGCUAGUCCCAAUCACAUGCUGGCACCAGCAUCUCCAGCACCAGCCCGGCCUAAGUCACCCACACAGCUGAGGAAAGGGCCACCAGUCCCACCGCUGCCUAAGCUCACACCCACAAAGGAGUUGCAACAGGAGAACAUCAUUAACUUCUUUGAUGACAACUUUGUCCCAGAAAUCAAUGUGACAACCCCAUCACAGAAUGAAGUUCCUGAAGCUAAGAAAGAGGAAUCUUUGCUAGAUCUGGACUUCGACCCUUUCAAACCAGAAGUUGUAUCGACAGGAGUUACUCAUUCACCCAUGUCUCAGACAUUGCCAUGGGAUCUAUGGACGACAAGCAGCGAGUUGCGGGAGGAAGAAGAGUGGGCAGGUGUCGAGCCAAGUGAAAAGGUAGAGACCAGAGCUGUUAACUACAAGGAGGUAGAAGGUACAGAGGAACUGGAAAAACGAGAUUGUGAAACCAAAGGAAAUAGUGAGGCAGAACUUCAUGAGGGUUUAGCAAAAUCAGAUCUUGACAUUUUAGUCAGCACAGAGGUAGAAAAUCUGUAUGAGUUGGAAGAUAAUGAUGGGGAUGCUGGGAGAGCUAGUGGUGCUAAGGUAGCAAACCCUAGGGAAGAAGAAUUCGAAGGGGACAGUGUCAUUGAGGAGGCAGAUGGAGAAAUACCAUUGUUAAGCACAGGGCUGGAAGGUGGGGAUACAAUAGUAGUGGACAACUGUAAAACUAUAGAAAACAUUGUCGCUGAACCUGAGAGAGUCUUUGGUAUCUGGGAUCAAGACCAUGAAAGGCCAUUUGAGGAUGGCUUAGACCAAGCUGUCAGUGGUACUGGAGAGAGUACAUCCAUGGAGUGUAUAAAGAUGACGGCACAUGUUGAUCUAGAGGUAACUGACCACACAGAAAAGGACCCUACAGAUACUGGAAACAUUCUGUGUGAUGCUGAAUUAUUCAGUGCAGAAGAGUCUGGUAAAGGAACUGAAGACAAUAGCAUCAGCUUCCUCCCAAAUGGUAGUGCUGCUGCUGAAGGUCAAGCGGCUGCUGAAAAAGAGCGGGCAUUACUGCCCGAGACAGCUGAUGCUGCUAGCACAAGCUGUGGUAAUCCUUGCCUAGAGAAUGCAGAAGACCAAGUGACAGGUAGGGUGGCAGCAGCAGUCGCUGAAGAGCAUUCUAGUAGCAGUGGUGUUCCUGAAGCCUUGGAAACAGAACCCUGGCUGGCAAACUGGGAUCCAACAGUUACUAAUGAUUCCUGGGGAUUUUUUAAUCUACCAGAUGGCCAAGCCAAUGAACUGGAUAAUUGGCCCUUUUUCCCCAAGCUACAAGACUCAGAGGGAGGUAACAUGGAAAAUGUUUGGUUAGGCAUUAGUGAUAGAUGGUCUACGCAAGACCUAGGAGGGACUGCUAACAGCUGGGGAGAAGUAGGUGUGAGCACAAGCAAUAAAAGUCAGGAGGCACCAGUAAAACAAGGCUCACCUGGGGAGCAGGCAGGCUUUAGCAAUCCAGGACCGAGCAAGGAGGUAGCUAGACCCUUGGCUCUGUUUCAAGUGGGAAAUUCCAGAAAUGCUAGCACCGAGAGUUCAACUAGUCCUAAAGACAAUGAGACCAACAACUCAGAUUUAUCUGAAGAUGAAAUUGCUAACCGGAGAUAUGGAUUGUUGUACCAGGAAAUUGAGACUGAUAAAGAAGAGGCAUCCAGCACAGCAUUUAAUGGAUUUGCACAGGAUACCUCUGCAUUUACAGUGCAGCCAAGUGAGAAUGUGACAGAACCUUUGACUGAGGCUGAAGAAGCUCCACCUGGGGAUGUCAAGGUCGAGGAAACCCCUGCUGCUGCUGCUGCUGUGGAAAAGGAGACCGUCCCUGCUGAGCCUGCUGAGCCAGCAGAGCAGGCUGUGGACAGUCUCGAGGCAGGGGAUAAGGAGACAACUGGAGUUGCUGAGAAAGAGAGCGAGGUGGUACCUGUCACCGAGGGGGCUGAGGCAGCAGAAGACAGUGCAGCUGUGGCAGCCGGAGCUGGUGACGGCGUUGCUACCAUCGCGCAGGAAGGUGUUGCUGAAGGUGACAAACCUCCAGGAGAAGAAAAGGAGGCUGAUGUGUCUCAGGAAAAGGUCAGCAGCAUCCCUUCAGUAGUAAUAGAGCCAGCAUCCAACAACGAGGGGGAGGGAGAAGAACACGAAGUCAUUGUCAAUGAGUCCAAAGAUGCCGCAGCAGAGAUGGGCACUCAGAGCGCUGACACUUCUCCCACUGAAACUUCCAAAGCUGGAAGUGACCAGAAACCUGCUGAAGAAGUCCAGGCUGCACCUUCUCAAGAUCAGACUGUUCCAGCAGAAGACACAGCUUCUGCGAUGCCACCCGGCUUUCUCUUUAAGGUUGAAGUUCUACAUGAUUUCGAGGCAGCUAACAGUGAUGAGCUUAAUUUAAAACGAGGAGAUAUUGUACUAGUAAUUCCUUCUGAGACCACAGCUGAUCAGGAGGCUGGCUGGUUGACAGGCAUUAAGGAAUCCGAGUGGCUUCAGUACAGAGAUGCAAAUAGUUAUAAAGGACUUUUCCCAGAGAACUUCACGCGCCACCUGGAGUAGUUCCCUGACUCAGGCAGAGGAACGUGAUCCGAAGCUCAGUCAGUAGGUUUUUAACCUCUCUGAAACACAGGAGCCCACCUUUUUGUAGUUUAAGCUGUUUACAGACUGGUGCCAGACAAAGCGUGUCGAAACAUAUCAGAAUGAGCAUGAAUGCAAACAGUAAAGCUAGCAACUGCUGGAGCAGUACCUGGAAAAAAAAAUCGAAUAAAAUAAAGAAAUGUCCUUAUUUGUUCACACGUACGUGGCAACAGGUUUGUUUGUGCUUUGUCAGAGCUAUGGUGAUCCUGUAUUUGGUCCUUUCCCAUGAAAUCUGAAAUUAGCCUCCUCAAUACCAAAACCUUAACUUCUCUGCACUAAGUGUAUUGUCUUGAGUUGCACUGCAGAAGAUUGAAUUAGUUAUCCUGUAGUAAUGAGGUCACACUAUUAUGAGUUUCAAGUGUUUAAAAAUAUAAUUAACUGCUGCAAC